AUUCAAAAGAUUCAAAUAACUGGAAUGAAUCAAAAUCCCCACCACGAGCAGUCGGUGAGAUGCGGGUGGAGCGAGCGCACCAUCAGCCUCCGGAGCAGCGCGCAGGGCUCAGCAUCCAAUCAGCGCAAGGCGGAUGUCUUAUAGCUGCUGUGUGCUCUUCACUUUUACUCACUGCAAAGGCGACUGAUCCCACUGAACUAUCAACAAGUAUGUUUCCAGACUUGGCAGGAGGGAUGUUAAGUGAAUGGAGCCCUCUUCACAUCCUUCUUCUGCUUUUGGCUUCUAAUUAAAACUUGGCUGUAGAACAUUACCCUCUCAAAUGUUUAAUUGCCUUUCAGAUGUUGAUGGACUCAUUUGGAUUCUCUCCAGGACACUUACAAUGACUUCAAACACCUGCAAAUUGUAAAUCACUACUCCACAAGUGCUCACAGGGCGUUCAUAAGGAAAAACUCCCGCUGUUGGAAUGACACCGUGACCUGUAAUGUUUAUUCAUACAUUUUUCAAUAUGACUUGGAUUAACAAUGACUGCCAUUGAAGUGUAGAGCAUUCAGAAAGUAAGAAGCUGGACAUGACUUUCCCUGGAGGGGUUCAUGUGUCAAGGAAAGUCUUCAUCCCUCAUGGCUGUCCCCUUAUCUUGAGAUUAAUUUUAGCUGUGAUUUGUUUGAGUGCAAUGGGUUUUGCGUGUCCCAAGAGUUGCCACUGCUUCGAGAAGAAUGGCUUGACGGUAGUGCAGUGUUCCUCUCGCAACCUAGAAGAGAUUCCCUCCAACCUUCCUCACGAUACUGUGUCGCUUCUUCUGUCCUCCAAUCACAUCACCAAAAUCCCAAACCAGGCUUUUAAAAACCUUCCCUGGCUCCAAGAGCUGGACUUGUCAAGGAACGCCAUCGAAACCGUGGACGCUGGGGCUUUUCAAGGUGUCACGGAGAGCUUGCGUGCACUCGACCUAUCCCAUAAUCGCAUGCAAAGCGUCCCUAAGGAGGCCUUCGCUCGGCUGCAUGCCAAGAUCAGCCUGUCCAACAACCCGUGGCACUGUGAGUGCACCCUUCAGGAGGUGUUGCGCGAACUCAGGCUGGAUCCCGAGACUGUGAACGAGGUGAGCUGCCACACCUCUGUUCAGGAAGAGUACGCCGGCAAGCCUGUCAUCCAAGUCUUGGAUUCGGGCAUAAACUUUUGUAACUUCCACCAUAAGACUACAGAUGUGGCUAUGUUUGUCACCAUGUUUGGUUGGUUCACGAUGGUUAUCGCUUAUGUCAUCUAUUACGUACGGCAUAACCAGGAAGAUGCUAGGAGGCAUCUGGAGUACCUCAAGUCCCUGCCAAGUAGCUCCCAAAUUAGUAAGGACUUUGACACAAUCAGCACUGUUCUCUAGCAUCAGUCAAUGCAGUGUAGGAGUGAAUGUGUUUGGCACAUUGAUGAUGGCACAACAGCAAGCCUUAUAAGGGAGAGUGGGGUAAGAUGUGUCAUUUACUCAGUUUGUCCUCAAGGAAAGGAGAAACAAGGAAUCAUUGAGAAACCUGUAUUUGUAUGCACUUAAAAAAAUCAUUUGCUCGGCAAAAACCAAUUCCAAAGUCUUAUUUGCCCUGUACAUCAUUGACAUUUUCAUAUAGAAGAAAAAAGAUUUAAUUUUGAGAAUAUUUUAUUGUAAAUAUUUUCUAAUAAUAGUAUUUCGCACAAUUGGAACCGAAGCUUACCAAAUGCCAAACAUGCAUGAAAUUUAUCUUUUAUUUAUUUGCUUAGACAAUAAAUUGUCUGCUGCAGAAAAUAUAGUUUGACAGGCAAAAUGCCACUUUUUUAGAAUUAAAAACCACCUCUUAUUCAGUAUGCAGCUGCUUAUUGAGCUGAGUCCUUUUUAAAUAUUUGGUCCAGUUUGAUUGAUUAUAAAAAUGACACAUCUUGCCCUACUCCUCCCGAGUUCCAGUAUUAUUUGAUUUGAUUGUGAAUGUUUUUUCGUGGGUUUUCGCACAAUGAAUGUGUUGACAAUUGUUCUGUGAUGCAAUUCAGUGUUCCCAUUCACGUACCCUCAGUCGACCUACAUAAGUCCUGCAGUCUCUGUGGUGGCCGCUUUGUGCCUCACGACAGGAAGCUGCAGAAGCUCUGUUUUUUUCUGCAGGUGCUUAUCCCAUUAUUUCUUGAAUUGGU